GCUUGGGUGAGGUGCGGGCGCGCGAGCGGGAGUUCCGGCCGGAGGCCCAAGCUGAGGGCCGGCUCCUUCACCAUGGCUUCAGCCCAGCUGGACUACACCAUCGAGAUCCCGGAUCAGCCCUGCCGGAGUCAGGAGAACAGCCCUGACCAAGGUGGGAAGGAGGCUGGGACUCGACUGCCUUUGGUGAUUCUCUUGGGCUGGGGAGGCUGCUCCGACAAGAACCUGGCCAAGUACAGCGCCAUCUAUCACAAAAGGGGCUGCAUCGUCAUCCGAUACACAGCCCCCUGGCACAUGGUCUUCUUCUCCGAGACCCUGGGCAUCCCUUCACUUCGUGUCUUGGCCCAGAAGCUGCUUGAGCUGCUCUUUGAUUACGAGGUUGAGAAGGAGCCCCUGCUCUUCCACGUCUUCAGCAACGCUGGCGUCAUGUUGUACCGAUAUGUGCUGGAGCUCCUGCAGACCCACCAGCGCUUCUGUCACCUGCGUGUGGUGGGCACCAUCUUUGACAGCGGUCCCGGUGACAGCAACCUGCUGGGGGCUCUGCGGGCGCUGGCAGUCGUCCUAGAGCACCGUCCUGCCGCGCUGCGCCUGCUGCUCCUGGUGGCCUUCACCCUGGUGGCCUUCCUGUUCCACGUCCUGCUCGCGCCACUCACCGCCCUCUUCCACACGCACUUCUAUGACAGGCUGCUCGAUGCAGCCUCUCGCUGGCCCGAGCUCUACCUCUACUCCAGGGCUGACGAGGUGGUCCUGGCCCAGGACGUGGAGCGCAUGGUGGAGGCACGCCUGGCACACCAGGUCCUGGUACGCUCCGUGGACUUCGUGUCGUCUGCACAUGUCAGCCACCUCCGCGACUACCCUACUUACUACACCACCCUCUGCGUCAACUUCAUGCACAGCUGUGUCCACUGCUCAGGCCCUUGCCCUCCCCACCUCACUUCUGCUCCAGAAAUAAAUGCCUGACUCUUCCCCACAACCUACGUCCAUGGGUGGGGUCCUCUACUGGUACAGCUCCCUGCAGCUCUCGGGGUCUUUGUGGUCCUCCAGGUAGAGAAUUCCCAUGGGCCUCUGUCCUGGGGGACCAUGUCGGUCUGUUGACCCCAGGAUCCUGGGGGCAGUAGUGCCUGUGCAGGUCUCUGCACGAGCCUUGCAGCGCUUGUGUUUGCUAAGUGCAGCAGUCAGGCUGCUGAUUCCUGUGGCAUUUAGACUGUGAAGGGUUAAUAAAGCUGGGGGUGGGGUGAGGCUGAGCCCCAACAUUGA